AAGAAACGGAGGUAAAUGAUGAAUGACUCAGAACUUCCGACUGGUCGAGCUGAAGGAGGAGGAUAAUGCUAUGGCAUCCCUGAACGUCACCACAACCUUGUUGCCCCUCCGGCCGGUGGAAUUCCCCUCCGGUAGUGCGAAUCGUCGAUGCUUCAUCGGAAAUUUCCCUAAUCGGAAACCGACGCUCCCGCUCUCGGUUGCUUCAAAUUCUUCGGAGCCAUUGAUAUCGAGUCCGCCUGAGAAGCCUGAAAUCGAGCUUGAAUUUCUUGGGCCGAAGCCGGGAAGCGACGGAUCGCUUCCGGUGGACACGGCCAAGGCGAUAAGCGGCGAGAAGCUUCUAAGGAAUAUAAUGCUGGAUAACAAGAUCGAGUUGUACGCCCCCUAUGGGAAAUUGAUGAACUGUGGUGGUGGCGGAAGCUGCGGGACCUGUAUUGUCGAGAUAAUUGAUGGGAAAGAUCUAUUGAAUGAGAGAACAAAUACUGAACUUCGUUAUUUGAAGAAGAAACCCGAAAGUUGGAGGCUUGCUUGUCAGACAAUUGUUGGCAAUAAAGAGAACUCUGGCAAGGUUGUGGUCCAAAGGUUGCCACAAUGGAAGAAGUGAUUUAGAGUUGCAUGCUGUGGUUUGUGGCAAAGUCGAGAGGUAUAACAAAAUUAUGGCUCGACACUCAAAUAUUAGCCCUUCCACACACUUGACUCUGCUUUACCACCAUUAUAUGUAAGUUGAAAUUGUAUAUUUUAAGAAACUUAGCUGGAAAACAGAGAUUCAGUCUUUUAUUAGUGUUAAUACUGGCGCAUGGAUUGUUUAUUCCCACACUCUUAGAACCUCAUUUAUGUCAUAGGAUUGUGAAGGGAAGAAAAAGUUGAAGAUUCAUGAAUCUGGUUUUGGAUUAAUGCGCAGGUGUGGCCAAUUGGCUUACAAAUU